AUGGACCUGCUCGACGAAGCUGACGAGUGGAGCCUGUUAUUGAGUUUCUCGCAGGCUCUGGCCACCGCUGCCAUUGCCAUUGUCGGCGCACUUCACACCGCUGCGCAGCGCCGCGAGCAGGCGUUGGCGCAGCGGCGCAGCCUCAUCCGCGAGGCGAGCGGCGAGGCGGACUUGUGCUUUGCUCAGGACUUCUUUGUGUGCCGAAUGUACCGCGACAGUGAUGGCGUCCACGUGCUUCAAGAGGGCGACUUUGCUUCCAUCCUCAACGCAAAGGUCCUCUUCCCGCCGACGGUGUGGCACCGCGCGGCUCGCUCCAAACUCAUGAUUUUCCUCGAGUCGAUCCGCCCGAGUGCGCACUUGCUUGGAGGUGGUGGUCCGGUCGACUGCCUCGCCGGGCCGUACGACCCGUGCGUGGCGAGGGUCCGCCUGGCGAUGCAAGCGAUGGCGACAUUCUGGUCGCCGCAGCCGCCGCUCAAGUCACCCUGCACCGAUGCGCACCGCAAUUUCAUACGUGACAGCUACG